UCCGAGAGAUUUUUGUCUACCACAGGUUCUGUAUAGUGUGCUGUCACAGAAUGUAGAUCCCAUGGCGUCUAGUUGCCCACUUCUUCCAUGGCUCUGCCCUGAAGGUCACACGGGUCGUGAUACGCCAAUCCUCUCUUUGGAGGUUCAUAUUUUCGAAAGUUUCAGAGUCAACCCUUGUUGGAGGGGCUGUAGGGUGUUCCUUCUCGUUGCGUCGUGUGAUUCUCGCGCGCACAACAAUCUCCUCAGACGGUCCCAGGAGUUUUCAUUUCGCCACAUACCCCAAGAAUGAAGGUGAGUUUUUUUCGACGCUGGAUCCGGAUCUCCUGUAGGCAAUUCCAUAUCCAGCAAACUCCUGCUUCCCUGCGGUUUACGGUAAGAAUCUGCAGUUGCGCGAGAACCAAUAAUAGCAGCGACAGAGGACUCGCACAGUGCCUGUGCCAGCGCAUUAGACCGUCCUGGACAACAGUUGCGUACCUCCUUUUGGUGGCUGAAAAGGACGUUUCCAAAGAAACACCAGCUCAGAAACACUUUGUUUUUUAGCCACAGGGAAACGCAGUGGUGGUGUUGAAGUGAAUUUUUAGAAAAGUGUUGGAGCGCACACUUGGCGAGGAAAUCAACCGCAUGCGUUGUCACCCCCCGCCUGCCCCCCGGCAAAGAGUGCAUGUUUUUUUCCACUUUGUGAGAGAGCUGUUACAACAGAGGCAAGGUCAAACCUGAAAUUCUUGUCCAAGGAUCCCUCUUCUUCCUUUUCAAUUCCACUUUCUACCGUCCCAUUUUCACCACAGAAAGCCCCCUUCUGUCUCUGAAUUGUUUGUUUCUCUUGUCGACGCCAUUGGCUGGGGAGAAGACGGAGACAGUUUGUCCGAGGUCGAGAGAAUCCGUUUUAAAAGACCUAAGGAAGAAACCCACGAACGCUUCCACACGUUCUUGCUCAGUGUAGGAGGCAAUUUGUAGCUCCUCGUUGUCGGAGUUAUCCGAAUCCUUCCUUGUCUUCUUUUUCUCGUCUUCCUUGUCGCUGCUCUCCUGUCUCUCAACUCGGUAACAGGAAGACUCGAAGGAGUCACGCCGCGUUUCAACUCCUCGCCGAGCUUCUUGUCCCCGCGGUUCUUUGCAUGCUGCCUUCUCUCCUGAUCAUCAGGAUGAGUCGUCAGAUUUUAAAUGUCCCCCUGCUUCGUCGGAGUCCUGCCUUACCACGCCUCUCCUGCGCGGCUUAAAUCGACUUUCUUGUCUUGCUCCUCUUUUUCCUCCCCCAGUUCUCUUCACUCUCGCUUCCUGGAAAUCGCACAAGAAAGACCUGAGGAAGUCGCGCUCCGCCGUCGCUUUUCAUGGAGGUAACGGGGGAGAGGCGGCCCUACCAACCCUCCACAUAUAUAUAUGUAUACAUACAUAUAUAUAUAUAUAUAUAUAUAUCUGUGGAUGUCUGGAUAGGUUAGGAUACAUGUGAGGAUAGGUUAGGAUACAUGUGAGCAUUGGUCUGCAUACCCAUACGUUGCUAAAACGCCAUCUGGUUUCGCAAACGCAUGCAUAACAUUUCACUGGCAUUUGUGCAUGUGUGUAGAGGGAGAACAGUGUAGCUCGACAUGGUGGACUUCCUCGUCCCGGGGCUCAUCCCCGCCUGUGCGCCUGCUGCCCCAGGCCCUUCGUCCUGUUCUUCCUCUUCUUCUUCCUCUUCUUCUUCGUCGCACUUAUCUAAAGAUCUGUCGACCUCGUCCAAUCCGUCGUCUUCCUCGUCUUCUGUCCCUUCGCGCCUGACGGCAGGAGCGUCUGAACCUCCGCCUACGAGUGCUGCUGUGUUUGACGAUGGGGCUUCGGAUAUCGCGGUUCUGCGCCAGUACAUUGAUCUGUUUGAGAAGACAAGCAGCUUUGCCCUUGACUCAGAGAGUGGGCAGUCGCCGGUGUCGAAUCCCGGAGGUUGUCGCCUCAUCCCCAGAGAGCGACCGGCGGCAUCUUUGCGGCCUUCGAGCGACCCGCGGGGGCCUGCGCCCGAAGGCGAGGAGUCAGGGGACCAAGCAACGGGAAACAGGACUGGAGCCCAAGGGGCCGUUGCCGGAGCUGGGUCGGCAGGAGACAAGGAAGCCGAUCCGGCGGCUUCCGAGCUUCACAGCAUGCUGGGAUUCAGACUCCGGAGCACGCUGCAGCUUCUGCUUUUGCUCAAGCAAACGGAGGUUCUUGGCAUGCGUCUUUACAGGAUUCUUUGCGAACAGAGGAGGCGGAAGGAACGACUUCGACGCCAGGGAAAGACAAGUUCUCAGGAUGGAGACAGCCACGAGAUGAUUGACGAAGGGGGAGAAGAAGCUCUUGUUGUGUCGGGAGUCGUGGAUGCUUGGACUCGAACGAGUGAACUGUCAGAGGGGCAGGCUCUCCGGUGGAUUUUCGCGCGCUACCGCUCUGUCCGAGUUCUCGUUGCCCUCGAGGCCUGGCUCCAGUGGGAAGCGAGGCACCUGGCGGGACUUUGUGGGGCUUCUGCCAGUUCUCCCGUCUCUCUGGAAGGCAGCUUCUCUGGUGCCGCCGUGACCGGCUUCCGAAACUCUGCUGAACGCCACAUGCAGAGCGCGAGAAUCCCCGGAAAAAAGGCUCCCAACGCGAGCGACCUCCCCAGCUGUCCAACAGCUUCUGCGGCUCCGUCGCUCUUCUACCACGCGGACUGGCCGUACGUUUUGCCGGGCGCCUCGCAUGCCUGGAGGGCCGCUUCGUGCCGGAGGGGAGCGGAGGCGCAGCUCUGCGAGAGCCCACCGUCGUCAGGUUCUCGUUCGUCUUUCUCUCACUCGGCGCCGCUGAUCUCCGAAGUGGACAGAAGAGAGACGCGGGCGUUUUUCGCCGGAGUUUGGCAGCUGCUGCGCAUGGGGAAGUUGCUCGAGGCGGAGAAGCAGGCUGUUGAGCGUGGAGCUGCGUGGCUUGUUGAGGUGAUAAGAGGCGACGAACCUUGGAUGGAGCCGUACGUCUACGACGACGUCGAUCUCUCCUUGCAAGUUGAAGACGUUUUCACAGACCACGAAAUUCGGCUUCUCUCGGACGCGAGCCCAAUUCUGAAAGCCUGCUUAUGGCCGAGCGGCUAUUCGCUUCAGCACGUCGCUCUGGCCGCUCGCGAGGAAGGCAAGGAAGAGUUGCGGGGCCUCCAGGAGUCUCUGAAGAAUGCGGAGCUGGAGAAGAAGACUGAAAAGAAUGCCGAACUUUGCUCCACUGGCGCCUUUGCACUGAAGAAUGCCGGGAUUGCCGCGGCGCUCGACAAGAAGCAAAUGGGGUGGUACGGCGAAGGCAAGAAAGGCAGAAGUCUCCUCGUCCACGUUUGUCAAAGGAUUCUCGCCAAACAGCAAGAUCCCACAGUGUCUCUCUCUGUCUCCUCGUCUGCUCCUCUCUCCGCCCGCAUCUCGCCUCGGUGCACAUUCGACUUCGCAGCGGCCGCAGGGAAGGGGGCUGUGGGUGUUCUGGCUGGCCUUGGCGUCGGCGAGAAAGUAGAGACGCAAAAGGGAGGAUUUGGGAUGGAGUCGUUCGAACAGGCGAUCUACGGCUACUUGUCUGGGUCCCUGGAAGCCAUGGAGCACGUCAGCACCGGGUGGGCCGACUGUCUCUUCGCCCUCGUGAGGGCCGUCAAGGCUAGCCUCAUCGAUGGCACCUUGCGCUGCAUGCGUUCCCACGAGCCUCACGGGCGCUUCGCCGGCGAGCCUCGACGAGGCGGUUUUCUGCCUCCAGUCCCGAGGCGGAAGAACGGCAAGUGCUGUUCCGCUUCACCUGCGGCGAGCGCUGGCGAGGUGAACAGAGUUCCAAGCGCAUCGUUUUCCUCUCGAACAGAAGGAAGCGUGUCUGCGUCGCCGCGAAAGAAGCGACGCACUUUGCAAGAGCACGGUUCGUCUCUCAACGACUUCUCUGCCUCCCGGGGAGGAGUUUCUCCGCAGUCGUCACCCCGGUCGGACCUGCCUGAUGGAUAUCUUUCCGUCUGCGCUGUGGGGAAAGGAGAAGAGGCAGACGAAGAGGGGGCUGGAACACUCAGAAGAAGGAAGAGUCUCUACGACCCGCUCCGUAUUCUCCUCACAGACUUCCUCCGACCGCAGAGUGCGGCCUUCGAAGACGACGCGGAGGUCGCCGGCCAGGAGAGAAAGGGAGCACCGGACGGCGAAGCCGUAGAGACGCCGGAAGAAGAAAGUGGAGAGAAAACGUGCUGUUGCGGAAGAGCGUGGAUUGGGGAAGAGGCAGAGUGGCGAGAAGCGUCGCCCGCGCUUCCGCCUGGGGACGAGGGCCUUGGGGUCGACGAAGGAGGAGACGCGCUCGACUGUGUAGUUGAGGAGGCGAGGGAAGGUGGAGAAGGCGGAAGGAACGAGAGGAUUGAUGAGGAAUCCAGUUCUUUUUCUGGGGAAGAAAGAUGCGCGAAGCAAGUCGAUGAGGGUGUCCUCGCUCUUCUCUUCAACAUCAUGAAUGACCUUCCCCUCUUUCUUCGGCGCUUCGUCCCCUCCGCCCACAGCCGCGAGCAGAUCGUGACCGAGGGGGCGGACGAGCUCCGGCUUCUUCAGUUGUUCCUGGUUUUCCUCUUUCUGCAAAACUCGUCUUCACCUCCGACGGGCGCCGCCGGCCAGGAGCGAACUGGCGAAGCCGAAGAAACAGCAGCGAAGGACGAACGGGAGGAACGAAGUUUGUAUGCCAAGAGCGUCAAGAAGCUUCUGCGAAAGACUUUCCGCCACGGGCCGAGGCUUGUGUUGCCGCGCAAGUCACGCGUCGAAGGCGCAGAGACUGAAGCCGUUGAUCUCGUCACAGUGUCGUGCUCUCCAUCUCUUUCCUUCCAAGAAUUCACGGCUUUCUUCGUCGUUCUCCAGGGCGACCUCAAGCAGCCCUUUCUCGCAUUUCCUUCGUCACUCUCCUCUCCUGCCGCGCAACUCUCUCUGUCUCUCCCUGUUCGUUCUCCUCUGUCUCCGCCCCGUGGACUGCGCGAGUGCGACGGUGAAGAAGACGCGCAAGACGCAGAAGGAUUGAGCGUCAGAGAUGCGGACUUCCUUGUCGGGGGAUUCAUCGCCCAUGUUUUCCAGCAGCUUCCAGUCUGCGAUGUCCUCCUUCACGUGAAGAUUGUGGAACUCCUGCGAUACGUCAGCUCGGAGCGCCGGGUGAAGCUUCUAGGCGACUGGCUAUGGAGGCGAUUCGCAGCUCGAUACUGGGAGUCCCGAGAAGGCAGGGAACUCCUGGAAGAAUGCGUCUCUUGGAUCGCCACCAACUUCCCUCAGGAUGUCCUCAGGGUGGCGCUUCGCUGUGCUGAGCGCAGCUGGCAUUGCUCGAGGCCGCUCGUGGUGUCUGGGCGGGGCAUGCGCGUGGGGAGGGGCGACCGCGACGCAGACUCUGAGGGCGGCGAAGACGAGUCCAACGGCCCCGGCGACUGUGCGUUCUCUGAAGGCCGCGAUGAAGAGGAAACAGACGCACAGGACGAGCGACUAAUCUUCGACGAGAGACGAGAAGAAACUGCAGUUGAGCGUCUUCAGUUUUCCGUCUUCCUCGUUCUCUCCGUCUUCUCACUCUACUACGUGAACCGGAAGUUUCAGAGCCACGCUGACCAGCCUCUCGCUCUUCUUCUCAAGGACAGCGCGGCGACAUCUUCUCUCCUUCCUCUUUCUUCCGUCUCCUCUGCUUCUCCCCCUCCCUCGCGCUGGCUUCUGCUUCUGGGGCUCUACUGCCUGGGCGUCAUUGCACACCUGGGUCUGCUCGGCCUCUGCCUCGACUUCCGCGGACUCGUGCGCCUCACCCGCAGUCUCCUUCGCCAGAACGCUGGUCGCGGCCCCGUCGCGGAGACUUCGGAGGGCCUCGGGGAGCGCGGCGCCCCGAAGGCUUCUUUGGAGCCCAACGCGCCCGAAGGGGCCGCGCGGCGGGGCCCGCCCACGCGGAGUGGCCCGCCCACGCGGAGUGUCGUGGGUGAUGGAGGGACAUGGGAGGUCUCCCCGGGAGAAGAACGCGGGCGCGAAGGACACACGUUCAGGGGAGGUUUCGGCGAGGGAGACGGAAGACAGAGAAGCGACAACAGAGGAGAAAAAGCUGAACUCGAAAGGCGGGCAGAACGAGAGUCGCGAGUCGUCUCGGGGCUGGGCGACUGGAUCCGCUUCGCUGUGGACCCUGGCCUCGUGUCUCCCGUUCUCGAUCUCCUUCUCCAGGAGUUGGACGACGACGUUGGGCGCGCGGGAGAACUGCGGCAAAGCGCCGCAAGCAAAAGACGCGAAGACGAGGAAGAACGGAAGCCCGAGGCUGCGAGAGACGCCGAAACGGCACCCUCACGUUUUUCUCUCACCACGGAGGCGGAAAAGAAGGGGAAAGCAGCUCUGGAGAGAGAGGAAGAGACGGAGGCAGGGCGCGACUUCGGAAGUAGAACCAGCACUGUCAGUUUCGUCUCUUGCGACGAACCGAGUCAGCCGAGUUUUCUGCCUUCGCGGCUCAACCCCAUUGAGAAGCUGCGGACGGCGUUGAUGGGAGGGGCGCCUGUGCUGCGUCUAAGAGACCGUUCCCUGCUGCCUACGACGCACCUGGUGCAGUUCCACGAUCUCCUGACUGCCUCGACCCUCACAGGAGCCGUCGAGCGGCGGCUGAGGGUGCUCGCGCCUCCAAGUGUCCGCGACUCACGAGGGCCUUCUUCUCUCACGCCGUCCACCCACUUGUCCAGCGCGGCGUCUUCGAUUCUGAGUGCAGCGGCGGCCCUCUUUCGAACUUCUGCUUUGUUCUUCGCUCACUGCAAGAGUCGGUUAGGGAACGAGUUUCCUGGCUCUCGAGCGCUCUCCCUGUCUCGCCUGCGGAGUGACGACCCCUUCGCGGGACCUGCGUCUGCGGCUUCGGAGGAAGGCGCUAGCUUCUUUCCUUUGUUGUCAGACAGGCAACGAGAAGAAGAAGCCGCGGCGAUCGGCGCUCUGGAACUCGAGUCGCGCCUGCAACUGGAGCAGCUGUCGAGGCAUGUGACCGCUCUGCUGCGUCGCUCAGAUGAAGCGCGCUUCCCUUCAGUGGAGGAGAGAGAGAGGCGGGUGGACGCGCGGAAGGCGCUGCUUUCUCAGCUGGAAAAAGAGCGGCGCAAACUAAAGACACACACGUCUCUCUCCUCGCUCUUCCACGUUCCGUCCUUCGUGGAAGAAGACGAAACCGUCGUUUCGGCAGAGACGGAAAGCUGCUCCGUGGACGCCUCGCCCUGUGGCUCCGUCGCCCAAAGCGAGAGCCCAGGCCCCGACGACCGCGAAGCCUUCCACAGGCUCGAGGAGCAACAGGGGGAAGGUCCGGACUUCGGGGACUCUGAGAGGCGAGUCGCCGCGUCGCGGAGACAGGAGAGAGAGAGUAGACGCGGGAAGGCGGCACUGUUGCUGCUCCUUCGAUCCGAGCUGCUCGGACAGGCACAGCAGCUGGUCGUCCUCUGGAGUCGCGUGGAGAACAAGUGGAGAGAAACGGAAGUCGAAGGACAAGACCUCUGCGGACCCGCGGCAGAGGGAGAAAAAACGGAACGGAAAAAGGGAGACGAAAAGAACAAGGUGUGUCGAGACGCAGCAGGCUUGGUCGUCUUCGCGUCCGAAGUCCUCGCCACGACAGCCAGCCGAUUCCCGAAAGCCGAGGCUGUGCUGCAGCAGGCUCUCGGUCUUGGGGACUUCUCUUGAACGCUCCAAGGCGGAGAAGAAAAACUAGCCUCUUUAGGACAAGAGAAACGUUCGACAGCAAGGCAACGUAAAGCGGAGACACUUGGAUAUCGAAGGAACACAGUCAGAGAAGCGACACAAAUUUCAGUCCUUGCCGAUCACCCACCCGACAACCGAAUGAAGUAAAAGAAAGAGAGGGAUAUAUUCCUGUAUACAUAUAUUUAUAUAUAUGUAUAUAUAAAUAUGCGUAUAUAUAUAUAUAUAUAUAUAUACAUGCAUAUAUGUAUAUAUUUAUGUAAAUCGGUAUCGAAACGAUUGUAUCUGGAUUUCCGGAUACAUUGUGGUUGAAUGUCUUUACGGCGAAAAACCUGUUUUUUUCUGUCAAUGGUGGCCACUUGGAACAGGUGUACCCGUUGAACCCCAUCGUGCCGUGGUUCCUCCAAAGUUUCUUAGCGGGCGGACGAAAGAGAGAGGCAGGAACGAAAACGAAC